AAUCACUUCGAGACAAUUUCCGAAAGCGCUUGAAGGUAACAGAGUGUGGCACAAACGUGAAGUUUGAAACCGGUGUUUUCGGUGGAGUGGAGGAAGUCUUUAUGCUUUAACCGGAGACAGAGAAGACACCAUGGCUGCACUCUUUAAAGCACGCAGAGCUCUUGGCUCUUGUCUUAAUGGAUGGCGGAAACUGUCGCAGUUAGCGGAGUUACCAGAGACACAUUUGAUAAUAAGGCAGACGUGCAGAGAGUAUGCCGACAAAGAACUGACUCCAAUCGCUGCCAAACUGGACAAAGAGCACUGUUACCCUGCACAACAGAUUAAAGAGUUGGGAGCAAUGGGUGUGAUGGCCAUUGAGGUGCCAGAGGAGCUGGGUGGUGCUGGUAUGGACUACUUGGCAUACAGUCUGGCCUUGGAGGAGAUCAGCCGAGGCUGCGCCAGCACCGGAGUCAUCGUCUCUGUUAAUAAUUCUCUCUAUACUGGACCAAUUUUGAAGUUUGGAUCUGAAGAGCAGAAGAAACAGUGGAUCACACCGUUCACCACCGGAGAGAAGGUGGGCUGCUUCGCUCUCAGUGAGCCAGGCAAUGGCAGUGAUGCUGGAGCAGCCUCCACCGUAGCGCAUCAAGACGGAGACGAGUGGGUGCUGAACGGAACCAAAGCCUGGAUUACCAACAGCUGGGAAUCCUCUGCUGCCGUUCUCUUCGCCACCACUGACAAAAAACUGAAACACAAGGGCAUCAGCGCGUUUCUUAUUCCCAUGCCACACCCUGGACUUUCUCUGGGUAAAAAGGAGGAUAAGUUGGGUAUUAGAGCUUCUUCCACUGCCAACAUCAUUCUGGAGGACUGCAGGAUACCACUGGGUAACCUGCUGGGUCCCCGCGGGGCGGGGUUCAAGAUCGCCAUGCAAACCUUGGACAGUGGACGUAUUGGUAUUGCAUCCCAGGCUCUUGGCAUCGCUCAGGCUUCUCUGGACUGUGCCGCAGACUACGCUCUCAAACGUACUGCAUUCGGAGCCCCCAUCGGCAAACUGCAGGCCAUACAGUUCAAACUGGCCGACAUGGCCGUGGCGGUGGAGAGCGCUCGUCUGCUCACGUGGAAGGCUGCACUUCUCCGAGACUCCAAGAAGGCCUUCACUAAGGAAGCAGCUAUGGCCAAACUGGCAGCGUCUGAAGCUGCCACCUUCUGUGCACAUCAGGCAAUCCAGGUCUUAGGUGGGAUGGGCUACGUGACCGACAUGUCGGCCGAGAGGCACUACAGAGAUGCACGCAUCACGGAGAUCUACGAGGGCACCAGUGAGAUCCAGAGACUGGUUAUAGCCAACCAAGUACUGAAGGAAUACCAGCAGUAGGUCUGGCUGUCCAGGACUGCAGCAGGAAAUGUCAACUCGGAGACAGGCCUCGUCCACAGUGAGCCAUCAUGAAGUAUGAGCCGAGGUGUAACACUGACAUACAGUAUUUUUACUGUCCCUCUACUGGUUACGGUGAAGAUGACGCUGUACUAGUUCAGAGAAAAUGUACAGCGACUUCAAGCCUCAUUCGGCUACAUGAAAACACAACAAUGGACUUUUUACUGACAAAGAGUCAGUCACAAAGUUAUGUGGAAAAAAAAUCAGGUUCAUAACACAGAUCAGAGCUACACGUCCUGCGUGCAAUUAAUUAUUUAUGGGACAAUAGGAACAUUUAAAUAUUUUAUUUGUUUCAAUAUAACAUAUUUUUGCUAAAUUAAAAAAAAUCUGUUUUAAGAACUUAAUCAACGGUGCAUUCAGGUGAAAUCUUUCGACUGGUACUAGCUCGAAAAUAUCUGAAAAUAUACUACGUAAAGUAUAUGUACCACUUCAGACGAGGGAUGGUUGAUGUGAUAAAGUACUCGUCAAAAAGGUUUUUUUAUUUAGACAGGUUUAGUGUAACUUACCGAGUGGAUUUUGCUGUUCGUUGCCUCGCACCGUUGCUGUACCUCUGAGCGUACUGCUGGUGCAGGAGUGGAGACUGAUUGGCAAUGUUUAAAAUAAAGCAACAGUUUUCAGGGUUUUUGUGUUCAGUCCAGAUCAUCAGCAGAGUCUCUAUUGUAGAGUUGUUGCAGUGAUGGAGGAGCACGUCGGCAGGAGACACAGAGGGAGGUCAUCAGAACGUGGACCAGUGAAAUGCCUUUCAUUUUGAACCCUGGUUGAGUUGUAGUUGAUGUGGUUUGUCACUCAUCAUGUUCUCUGUGUCCUGGUUUCCACCAUGUUUUUGCACGACUGGCUCCAGAUGGUCAGAUGCUAACUACACAGCUACGUGAAGCCAAAUACGAACCGUUAUUAACACGAUGAGUCAAAGAAGAUUUGUAUCUUCUACUCAUUUGGGUUUUUUUUUUUUGGUUUUUUUUUUUUUGGAGAGUCUGUUCACUCUACUUUGAACACAGCUGUGAAUGUAUGUGUGAACAGUUGUUGGUCUCUAUAUACCAUUGUUUCCCAAAGACUGGGUCGCGACCCUCAGGUGGGUCGCAAGAGGUCUUGCAUCAUAUUGUCCAGGAGUUUAUGAAUAUUGUCUAUUGACUCAAAAGUUUGGGAAACACUGCUAUAUACGACAGUUAAAGUGUCCAGGAUUUACCCUUCUUCACCCGAUCACCUCACAUCAUCGGCUCCAGCUCCAGUUUUCUAGUUUUUGGUAGUUUGGUAAUUUUCUGAUGAUGAUCUGAUAAUUAGGACUUUGGAAGUUUAAACAAAUGGAAGAAAUUUCUACCUUUAAAACAACUAAGUUACUGCGUGUGUCUGUCCCUCCAAGAGUAGCUGCAUCUGUGGAGGUUUGAAGUAAAGCUCCUCUCAGCAGCCCCUGGUGUUCAACUCUUCACAGUGCCAUUAUUUUUCCUGAGAAUUUCUCACCAGCAGAGGACGCCCUCUGCAUCCACGUCCCUGUUUAACAGAGUAAACCUUGAUCUAGAGUGCUAUGUGGAUGAGUGUGCGACGACCACGGUGAUGAUUUCUCGUUAACAGUAGAGAAGCUGACUGAUGACGUAGAGAGUGCUGUGCCUCUGGUCUCUGCGGUGUUUUCUUUUGUUUAAAUAAUUAUUAAAUACUUGAAUCACA